AUGCAAACUCAGAUUUCCCUCUACAUGCUACCUGCCCCGCCCUUACGGAAACUGUUAGACAAUGUUGGUUUCCCCGUGCUUCGCGAACGUGUUCACCGCCUUAAUCCUGGCCCACAGAUGGUUUGUACACCCAGAGUUGAGCACCAUAUUCGCCGUCGUCACAUGAGCAAUCGACGACAAACGGAAAAAUCUAGUUGA